AUGAAGGUCGCUGGACUCUUCUGGCUUCUGCCUGCACUUGUUGCUGCUCAGUCAAAGACUGUUACACUAUCGCCAUGGCAGACCGGAGAAGUCACUCCUGAUGGGACUUGCGGAGAGGGCACGGGCUUUGUCUGCAGUCCUGUCUGGGGUGCUUGCUGCUCCGGGGAUGGCAUUUGUGGUCGGUCGAGCAAAUACUGUGGCGAAGGAUGUCAACCUUCUGCUGGCAACUGCAAUGCUGCUGCACCUCCUCCUGAAGCUCCCCCAGGUCCUGGAAGUGUCUCUCCAGAUGGUUCUUGCGGCGGUACAAACAAGUUCGUAUGUGGCGGAAGCCCCUUCGGAGACUGUUGUUCCGCCCAAGGUUGGUGCGGUAACUCUACCUCCCACUGCGGAAACAAUUGCCUUCCCGACUUUGGAACAUGCGGUCCUCCCAGUAACAUCACCUUCGAUGGCCAAUGUGGUGCCAACGGCAAGAUCUGUUUAGAUUCUGGCUUUGGAGACUGCUGCUCUGGCUCCGGAUGGUGUGGCGACAAGACCGAUCACUGCGGUGCUGGAUGUCAAAGUGGCUUUGGCACAUGUACUGGCGGCGACUCGGGAGAUGUCUCAACUGACGGCUCUUGCGGAAAGAAUGGCAAGACCUGCAAAGGAAGUGCCUUUGGUGACUGCUGCUCUGCCGAAGGAUACUGCGGUAAGACCGAUGACUUCUGUGCUGCUGGUUGUCAGUCCAAGUUUGGAACCUGUGCUGCCGAAACUGAUGUUUCCACUGAUGGCUUCUGUGGCAAGAACGGAAAGGUAUGCAAAGGCAGCAAAUACGGAGAUUGCUGUUCCGCGGAAGGAUACUGUGGCAAAGAAGACGGCCAUUGUGGUGCAGGCUGCCAGCCCAAGUUCGGCACAUGCGCCGCUGAGACCAACAUCUCUACCGACGGGUUUUGUGGUAAGAAUGGCAAGGUCUGCAAAGGAAGCACGUACGGUGACUGCUGUUCUGCCCAGGGCUACUGCGGCAAGGAAACGGGUCAUUGUGACGCAGGAUGCCAGAGCGCUUUCGGCAGCUGCAACAAUGCUGCUGGCAACAUCUCCACGGAUGGUCAAUGUGGCAAGAAUGGAAAGACUUGCAAGGGUAGUACGUUCGGCGACUGUUGUUCUCCUCAAGGCUGGUGCGGCAAGGAGAAGGAUCAUUGCGGUACAGGUUGUCAGUCAGGUUUUGGCACUUGUGAUGCCUCAGCUGGUAACAUCUCUACUGAUGGAAACUGUGGUAAGAAUGGCAAGAUUUGCAAGGGCAGCAAGUGGGGUGAUUGCUGCUCCAAGAAUGGUUUCUGUGGCAAGGGCGAUGACUACUGCCGUGAUGGAUGCCAGACAGCCUAUGGUCUCUGCACUGGCAUUUCCACUGAUGCUGAGUGCGGUUCGAGGAACGGAAAGACUUGUGUAGGCUCUGGCCUAGGAAACUGCUGCUCUGCCAAUGGAUUCUGUGGGAGCACUUCGACUCACUGCGGUCAGGGCUGCCAGAAGGGCUCCUCCAGUGCCUGUUUGACGAAGGACAUUCCGACUCUAGAUGGCUCAUGUGGCAGCAAAGUCGGUCUUACCUGCGCUGGUGGUCCAUUCAACGGCCAGUGCUGCAGCGCUGCAGGCUACUGCGGAACGAGCACUCAUUGCGGCUCUGGGUGUCAACGUGGUUUUGGGCGCUGCAACUAGUUAUGGUGAUACCGAUGGUUUGAGUCGGGAUGCAAUUGUUACCUAAGUUAAAGAUGAUGUUCUUAAUCUGAAGGUCAAUCACACCAUUCCUUAGGCGCCUGUAAAUAAUAAUUUGUAUAUCCUCAUGUAAUUAUCAGAGAACUCCAAG